AAUGUCAUAACAUAACCUGUGUGUCUCAAUGUUUGUAGUAAAACUCCUCACUUGUUCAUGCAAUUUUUAAAUAAUUUUUCUUGCACUUAAAUGCCUGUGAUUUGUUCGGGAAAAUGCGGAAGGAAAGCCGUGAUGAAACGUCCGAAAACCGGCCAUGCACUGUGCAAAGAAUGUUUUUUCCAUUGCUUCGAAUCCGAGAUUCACAACACCAUCACACAAAAUGUUUUAUUCAAUCGAGGUGAUGUCGUGGCUAUUGCGGCCAGUGGAGGCAAGGAUUCCACUGUACUUGGCUAUGUGAUGAAAUUGUUGAAUGAACGUUUCGAUUACGGUUUAAACUUGGUGCUGCUUUCCAUUGAUGAAGGCAUUCCAGGCUACAGAGAUGACAGUUUGGAAACAGUUAAACAGAACCGUGAUGACUACGAAAUGAAAUUGAAAAUUCUAUCGUAUCAGGAGUUGUAUGGUUGGACGAUGGAGAAAAUUGUAAAAGAAAUUGGCCGAAAGAAUAAUUGCACAUUCUGCGGUGUUUUCCGACGUCAAGCUCUCGAUCGUGGCGCACAGCAAUUAAAAGUUGAUAGCAUAGCCACUGGUCACAAUGCCGAUGACAUUGCUGAAACUGUGAUCAUGAAUAUUCUUCGAGGGGACACAGCUCGGCUUCGACGCUGUACCAACAUUCGAACUGAAGGCGAAGAUUCAAUUCCGCGAGUUAAGCCGUUAAAGUACACUUACGAAAAGGAGAUUGUUAUGUACGCACACUUUAAGAAAUUGGUUUACUUUUCCACUGAAUGUACGUUCGCACCGAAUGCGUAUCGUGGUCAUGCAAGGAAGUAUUUGAAAGAUUUGGAAAAGAUUCGACCAUCCGUUAUUAUGGACAUUAUACAUUCAGGUGAACAGUUACGAUUCAAAGACACUGUAAAAAAGCCGAUUCGAGGUACUUGUGAUCGUUGUGGUUUCGUUUCUUCGCAACAACCGUGUAAGGCAUGCGUUCUGCUCGAAGGUCUAAAUCGGGGACUACCAAAAUUAGGCAUUGGUAAGAAGUCGAAAGGAGAUCGGAUGAUAGCUGAACAAGAACGCGAAUUAGCGAUUCGUGAACGUGCGCAGUUAGUUAAGAAUGAUUUUUAAGUGAGUCGUAGAAGUCGAAUAUUUUGUAAUUGAAAAAACAAAGUGAAAAUGGAAACACAAUUUUAGAGGAAAAUUAUUAAAAAGUUUCUGGAAUUUCGU